AUGGAAUUUCCGAGAUUUAGCCGUAUCAUAAUUAUGUUUUCUGUUAAUGAAAAUUUAAGUAAGGCAAUUAAGAGAGAGAUUAGUGGGCGCUUCAAACGACUAGCCGCUUCUCCGAUUUUUGACACGUGGAUUAUUUCGGUAUUCAAGAGCUUCGGUUUUGGUUCACUCUAUAGCUUGGUUUACAAGUAA